AUGUCCAUUAGAAAAUUUGAAUCUGGAUAUUCUAAAAGAAAACGACAUAAAAAGGUUGAACAAUUGAUUAAAUCUCAAGAGGGAGCCCUUGAUAAAUUUUUUAGUAUUAGUACACAAAAACAUAAUGACGAUGUAGUUCCCGAAGAAGAGUUUAAUAAUAAUGAUAUUGGUGAUAAUACAACUGAAAAACAUCAUUGUUUGGUGAAUAAAGAGAUAUCUAUCGAGGAUGAUGUUAUCGAUGAAAGAAACAUUAAUGAAAAGAUUAGUGAACCAUUCUCCUUUGACAUUAGUGAUCUAGUGAAUUGGGAAAAUAUGAAUCAGAAUUUAAGAGAUUUAAUCGUAAUGAAAGGUCCAGUAAGAGAUGAUGAUGUAAUUUUUACAAAAGAUGUAGCUAAUCGACACUUCUCCUCUAUUCAUUACACUCGACGAUUACGCAAUGGAGAGAAUCAUGAUAGAAAAUGGUUGAUAUAUUCAAAAAGUCUGGAUAAAAUAUUUUGUUUGUGCUGUAAACUAUUCAAGAAUGAUGGCGUUCAAACUCAAUUGGCACAUGAUGGUGCAAAUGAUUGGAAAAUAAUUGGUGAAAAACUAAGAACACAUGAAGUGAGUUAUGACCAUAUCACUAACAUGAGUAGAUGGAUCGAAAUGGAAAUAAGAUUUCAAAAGAAACAAACAAUUGAUAAAAGUGUGCAGGAACAAAUCAAUAAGGAUAGAGAACAUUGGAGACAAGUAUUAUUGAGAAUAAUAUCUGUGGUUAAAACUCUUGUAGAAAAUAAUUUAGCAUUUCGUGGAGAUAAUGAGAAGAUAUACCAAGAAAAUAAUGGUAUCUUCUUAAGCUUAAUUCAAAUGAUUGCUGAGUUUGAUCUUGUAAUGCAAGAGCAUAUUCGUCGAAUUCAAAAUAAAGAAAUUCAUUAUCAUUAUCUUGGACACAAAAUUCAGAAUGAGUUGAUACUUAUGCUAGCAGGUGAGAUCAAGAAAAUAAUCAUCGAGAAACUCAAAGAAUCCAAGUACUUUUCUAUGAUACUUGAUUGCAAUCCAGAUUUGAGUCACGAAGAACAAAUGUCUAAAGUAUUGAGGUGUGUUGAUAUUUCAGCAAAUCCAGUGAAGGUAGAAGAAUUUUUUUUAGGAUUUUUAGUGGUGGAUGAUACAUCUGGAAAGGGACUUUUUGAUGAAUUAGUGAAUGCGUUGAAUAAUCUAGAACUUGAUAUCGAUAAUAUAAGGGCUCAAGGAUAUGAUAAUGGUGCUAACAUGAGAGGAAAACAUAAAAGGGUACAGAAUAGACUACUACAAGUAAAUCCUGGAGCAUUUUACACUCCUUGUGGAUGUCAUAGUCUCAAUCUUGUACUUUGUGAUAUGGCUACUUGUUGUACAAAAGCUAAAUCUUUCUUUGGACUAGUGCAACAUAUAUACACUCUAUUUUCAUCAUCUACUAAAAGAUGA